AUGGCAACGACAUCAAUAGAAGACAGCAGCGGCCCAUUCAUCCUUACCCGCGCCCACACCCCUCAUGACUUCGACUCCAUCGUCGCACUGGAAUUCAAAACCUUCACCGACCCUCACCUCCGCGAAAUCUUCAUGGGGCCCGACACCCCCGACGGUCACGCUUACCUCUCCUCAUUCUACCAGAAAACCCUACACACAAAUGCCAGCGACGUGUGGGUGAAAGUUGAAGAAAAGAAGACAGGCAAGAUAGUGGGUGCGAGUAAUUGGAGAGUGCACAUGGGAAGUGUGCCGAAGCAUGAAUUGGCAGAGGAGGAUCUGGGAUGGGCAUGGUUGGAGUGUGAUGAGGAGAAAUUGAACAAGGUAAAAGGUGUUAUUACGGGGAUCAUGGGGGUGAGGAAGAGUUUAUUUACUGAGCCUUAUUGUCAGUUGCAUAUUUGCUUUACGGAUCCGGACUAUCAACGCAGAGGUAUCGGAUCCAUGAUGUUGCAGUGGGGAAGUGAUCUCGCGGAUCAGUUGUUCUUGCCUUCAUGGGUCGAGGCGUCCCCGGCAGGCAACUUUCUGUACCGCAAGUUUGGAUACAAAGAUAUCGAAGUCAACGAGAGUGGUGAGAUGCAAGGGAGCACAAUGAGGAGGGAGGCAAUAGUGCUCCCGAUUGAAGGUGGGCAAUGAUCUCCAGUCGGUAGACUGCAAAAACACUGUGCAUUUUGACAAGCUGGCUUCCACCACCGUGAGGUUAGCUGGGCAGAUAUCGCCAGAGGUUAGUGGCAAGAAGAAGUCAUCGAGGCCCGGUUGCGUGAGCUGAAUGGAU